CCGCGUGACGCGAUCAUCCUGCGACAGAGUCGGUUUACUAGCGCGACAGAAGAUCCCGUUAUAAACAUACAAAUGUAACGAUUUGAAUGCUGCAGGCGCGAUUUGUCUCAGCAGCAUUUGUCGCAGACGCGUUUGCUCCGUGACAAUGACGCACACAUGUAGAGAUAAAUAAAUGCUGAAUGCUCGUGUGCUUGCGUCGCUGUUAUACUUGAACGUAGCAACCGUGUCCUCCGUAUAGACUCUCGAGCAGCUAGGCUAACGCUGCAGCACGGUCCAACUUGAAAUCCACGUGGGAGCAGCCUGAUGGUGGAGAUCUGCUAGAGCAGGCAGGCAAAGGCCAGCACAGAGGGCCUGGAGGAAUGGGCAAGGUUGGACAUGAGAGUCCAAGUUCAUAACAGCUCCGACCAGGCAAAGCCGGCAGCAGCCGAGAUGUCGGAGAAUGGCCGCGCACGGAGGAAACGCGUGCCCAAGUUAUGCGACUGCUGUGGGCCGAACAGCAAAGCUCACGCGCUGGGUCAUGGGCCAGUCACGAAGAAACGCGGCCGCAGGAAGAAGGACGUGGCGAACGAAGUAGAGGUGACGACCGACAGCCAUUUAAGCUCUGCUUUCGUAGACCUAGCAUCGGACACGACGGACGCUAUGACUGUGUGCGAUAUGCAACAUGUAACACUUCCUGAACCAGGCCUGACACUGAGUGGCGAACCUCCGCUUCUGCACAACGGCACUGCGAUCAGCCCGGAGAACAGCCCGCAAACUAACAGUGAAAGCAACGAUGCCGAUUGCACUUCACUCAGCGACUCAAACGAGCCCGGCUUUGUCACGCACAGUACAACGCAAGCCAGUUUGGAUGCACACUGUGAUCCUACAACACCUCUGGACUGCAUACACGGCAGUCCGACCUCAGACGGCGACUGUACUGAAAAAUCCGUAGGUCCUGCCGCAGAGAGCGGCAGCAUCACGACCACGGCUCAGCCCACAGACACCGACGCCAUGGAAAUUGAACACGCCAUGUAUGAAGUUUAUGUGAACACAAAGGCUUUAAGGGACCACCGUUACUGCAAACGGCCUCACGCCGAGGCAGAAGAAGAGCAAACGAAUAUCUCGCAGCCUCCUACAGCUGAAAUCCAGCAGGAAGACGUUAUAGAACUCCUUCAUGAAUACCUCGAACUUUUCUAUGGGAAGUAUGGGAGCUUCAUUCCACUGAGCGAGGAGGACAUUCUUGAGUACCUGAACAAACACUUGAACGGUGACUUUAAAGACCGAAGGAAAAUGAUAAACAAGGAAGUGCUGAAGUACAAGGCCGGCUUGGCCUGCGCAUCGAUGCACUUCUUUAAAGUGGCCUACAACAAGCACACUCUGGCACUCGAAGACCUCUCAACACUUGAAGACCAAAACUGGGUCAAUGACCAGGUCAUAAACAUGUAUGGUGAAUUGAUCAUGGAUGCUACAAGCCACAAGGUCCAUUUCUUCAACAGCUUCUUUUACAGACAGCUCGUAGCAAAAGGCUAUGAAGGAGUAAAGAGGUGGACGAAAAAGGUAGACGUGUUCUCUAAAAGACUGCUGCUAAUUCCCCUCCACUUGGAGAUCCACUGGUCCCUGAUUACUGUGGACGUCCCUAAGCAAAACAUAAACUUCUAUGAUUCCCAAGGAAUAUUGUUCAAGUUUGCUGUUGAAAACAUUUUGAAAUACAUCAUAGCAGAGGCAAAAGAGAAGAAGCACGCUGCUCUCCAAAAAGGCUGGAAGAUGACCGUCAACAAGGGUAUUCCACAACAGAAGAAUGAUAAUGACUGUGGAGUUUUCGUUCUGGAGUACUGCAAGUGCCUGGCAUUUAAAGAACCGUUGCAGUUCACACAAGAGGACAUGCCCAAAGUGCGCAAAAGAAUAUACAAGGAACUCUGUGACUGCAAGCUCACUGACUUACAAAAACAGGUCUAAGUUUCAUGUUCGCUCACAUGCUGGUCAAUGGAUUUUAUUCGUAUUGUUUUGGGUUACGAUGGAAAAGGACCUCGGGGGGCAUCAGUCUGGAUAAAGAAACUGACUUCAAGAUGCCAAAACAUCAGCCUUCUGCACGCGUCGUUUACAGACGCCGUUACCCGUUGGCUACUUUUUAACGAUCUUGCGGCAACCUCAGAAAACAAACAAGUCCCUUUUUGUGUUCAUUUCUUUGUCCUAAGCUUUUGCAACUCGCUAAAUCUUUUAUCCAUGUUCAAAACCAAGUGGUUCUUUCAGGUUCCUUCUCCACAUGUACGCAGUGUGGGAUACACAACAUGUAACUUGAAGGACGUGCGUUUUAUAUUCCUGACUGCAUUCUGUACGCGAUUCGAACAAACGACAAACUUUUAACUGAAUGUACUGUUACAAUUAGGUUCAAAUUUUUCUUUUUUUCUUCUACUUUUUCUUCCCUCCCCAUUGGACUUGACAUGUCAACAACAGUUCCUUCACAGAUCCCAGACUGACUAUGCUUUCUAAAUGGGCCAUAUUCUUUUAAUCUUUCAUACUCUUUAUUAGAAGCACUCUAGACACUUUCUUUAACGCUUUAACGGUUUUUUUUUUUUAACGUCUUCUGAGAGUUCCCGUAGCAUGUAGCUGUAAGUUCCGUUUCUCGGUUUCCAUAAAAGUGUUUUGUGUUCAUGAUAAAGACGAUUUUUUGAAAGAAAAAAAAACAAAGAAAAAAAAACGACGCACCUCUGGAAGGGCGAGUUUGUGGUUAGAAUAAAAAGCCAGUUAAACCCAUGUAUGAAAUUCAACCAGACAGAAGAUCAUGUAUUCAUGAAGACCGAACAAUGACGAUAUUAAUGAUGGCCUCACUGUAAAAAAACAAACAUAAAACAAAACAACAAAGCUUUAAUGUGUCUGGCGCUGGCACAGGAUGGUACAUGUUUUCCCAGCACAGUGCUUGUCUGUGUAUGGAAUCCAGAAUGACCAACAGUUAAGAGUUAAUAUGGUUAGACAUCUAUUUGUGGGAUACUGUAUUUUUUUUAUUUUUUUAGUUACUUGAUAUGUAACUACAAAAUUUGACCUCAGUGAAAUGCUUCUGUUUUCUUCUGUUUGACUACUAUUUGUCAUUAUUUAAACAACCAUAUAAAACCAUUCUUGUUAACA